AUGAGCAGGACAUUUCAAUCCCAACCAAAGAAGCUUAAAGGGAUGGAUCCACGAUCAACUAGUUCAGUUGGGUAUUCACGUAGAGAUCGAGGGAAAUCCUACCCCGGAGCUAAAACUCAAGCUACCUUGAUGGCAAGUGUGGGCAAUGUAGGGAAUAAUAGACCUGAGUGUCGACAGUGUGGCCGGCGACAUGCUGGUGAGUGUUGGGGAUUUAGACGAGCCUGUUUCAGGUGUGGUUCUCAAGAACACUAUAUAAAAGAUUGCCCUGAGAGAAUAGAGGAAGAAAGAUUGCAGAGAGCUGGAUCGGGUGAUAUUGUUAGUAGAGGUAGACCACCGAGGAAUACUGGGAGCAAAGUCAGUGGUAAGAGUGUGGCGAAAGAUACAGCUGAGAGAUCAGAAACUAGAGCGCCUACCAGAACUUAUGCCAAACGUGCUCGUGAUGAUGCAUCAUCUCCUGACGUAAUUACUGGUACAUUUUCCCUUCAUGAUAUUGAUUUUGUUACUUUAAUUGACCCUGGGUCGACUCAUUCAUAUGUAUGUGUGAAGUUAGUAUCUAGUAAAAAUUUGCCUGUUGAAAAUACUGAAUUUGUUGUUAAAGUAUUAAAUCCUUUAGGCAAAUAUGUCUUAGUCGAUAAGGUUGGUUGA